AAACUAUGCUUUUAUAGUCUUUGCCCUGUGCGCGAGCAGUGCGCGAGCAGUGCGCAGUCGUGCCACGGUCACUCGGAUAAUGCUUUAACACAUUGUCUCUAUUAAGUAAACCGAGGAUUUCAGCGGAGGCACGCAGGCUUGAUAAAUGAACUGGGAGUGGAGUGACAUUUAUUCCCAUCCGUUAUGGAUGGUUUCAACGGCGAUCCUGGCCAUAAUUGCGCGCGCGCAGCGGAAAGCGUUGUGGGACCCGCGCGCUUGUCCCGUGAAGUUAAACGGGAAAACUGCAGUCGUCACUGGAGCUAACACAGGUAUUGGGAAGUUCAUUGCCCUGGACUUUGCUCGUCGUGGGGCUCGGGUGAUCCUGGCAUGCCGGAGCGAGGCUCGUGGGACUGCAGCGCUGCAAGAAAUCAGAGAAAGUACUGGGAACCAGAACAUACAUCUGCGUCUGCUUGACACCUCGUCGCUCGACUCUGUCCGAAGGUUUGCAGCACGGAUCUUGGAGGAAGAGAAGGAAUUACAUAUCCUGGUCAAUAACGCAGGGGCCUCAGGCUUACCCAGUAAGAUCACUGCAGAUGGGUUGGAAAUCACUUUUGCAACCAACCACGUUGGCCCAUUUCUGCUCACCAGUUUGCUUUUAGACCUUUUGAAGAAAUCAGCUCCAGCUCGCAUUGUCAAUGUUUCGUCUAUGAAUCACUGGAGGGGUGAGGUAAACUUUGAUCAUUUCCACGGUCACAAUCUAAAUCAUGUGAUGGAUGCUACGUAUAACCAUACCAAGCUGCACAACGUCAUCUGGACAAACGAGUUGGCACGCAGGCUUCAGGGCACAGGCGUGACAGCAAACUCUCUGCAUCCGGGUGUAGUUAUGACAGACGUAAUGAGAAACUACAACUUCAUUAUCCGAUUCCUCUUCAACUUGGUCGGCUUUUUCUUCUUCAAAACUGCUGAAGAAGGGUCUUUCAGUCCAAUAUACUGUGCAGUGUCCGAGGAAGCAGAAGGAAUAAGUGGAAAAUACUUCAACAGUGACUGUUCCCUGGUCUUGCCAGCUCCUCCUUCCAGAGAUCCUGCUCUUGGAGUGAAGGAAUAUGAGUUUUGUGAGAGACUGACUGCUAAAUGAUUUAUUAACCCUCAUCCAAACCUGUGUGGAUUAUUUCUUAUGUUUAUUUCUUUGCGGAGCUUAAAAAAGACCAAACUUGCCACAUAAGCUGUCCAUAUGACCCGUGUGCUACAUUCCAAGUCUUUUGAAGCUUUAUGUGAGAAACCGGCUGAAAUGUAACUUUUGCCCAAUACUAAUUGUUCCAUAUGCUCACUCGUAGUCAGACACGGAUGUUACAGAUUGUUGUAACGUUAAUCUUUUUGAUAGAGCAGAAAAUCUUGUUCAAAACCUCUUUGAAUGAAGAACAUAUAAAGUCUCGUUCUGUCAUUAGUUGUCUCUCAAGAGCUUUUACAGGGAACUGUUCUUUCAGUUUUUGAUGUUACCUUCUGCAAUGUGCUAGUUAAUUCUCUCAAACUUAUCUUAUAAGACAAAGAAUAAAGGCUGUUGAAGAUAAA